AUGACUUACAACACUUUCCCAAACCCAUCUCUGCAAAUCACUAAAGACCACCAGAUUUUCAUCAAGGAAAACCCUGUUGAGAAACCCGGCCCCGGACAGGCUCUAGUGCACAUCACUGCUACAGGUAUCUGUGGUUCUGACGUGCACUUCUGGAAACACGGCCAAAUCGGAGAGCUCAAAGUUCUCGGCAACUGUAUCAUGGGCCACGAGACUGCAGGAGAGGUCAUUGAGCUCGGCGAAGGUGUCACGGAUGUCAAAAUCGGAGACAGAGUCGCUAUUGAGCCUCAAGUUACCUGCGGCAAAUGUUUCCUGUGUUUACAAGGUGACUACAACUUGUGCGAGAACACAAAGUUUCUUGCUGUGUACCCAAAUGAUGGAAGUAUGCAACGUUUCAAGGUCGUCAACGCCCAAUGCCUCUACAAGCUACCAGAUAACAUGUCUUUCGAAGAGGGAGCUUUGUGUGAGCCAUUGAGUGUUGCCUACCACGGAGUUGAAAGAGCCGAGUUAGAGCUCGGAAGAGGAGCAAUGAUCUGUGGUGCCGGCCCAAUCGGAUUGGCAACUUUGGUGAUGGCCAAUGCCAGCGGUGCUUCACCACUAGUCAUUUCCGACCUUUCGGCAGAAAGAUUGGAGUUUGCAAAGAAGCUGAUCCCAAGAGUCAAGACAUACCAGAUUGACCUAAAGAAAUCAUCUGAGGAAAACGCAGAAGGCAUUCGCGAGCUUUUCGGACCGGACGAAGAGGACGCUCCUCCAAGAGUUUUGGAGUGUACCGGUGUUGAAUCUAGUGUGAUCACUGCUGCCUACGUUGCUAGAAGAGGCGGCUCCAUCACGGUUAUUGGUGUUGGAAGACCUACAUUUAACAAUUUCCCAUUCAUGAAGCUCUCCUUGGCUGAAAUUGACGUCAAAUUCAUAAACAGAUACCACCAAUCGUGGCCUCCUGUUAUCAAGCUUAUCAGCGAGGGAAUCAUUGAUGUGAAGCCAUUUGUCACACACCGUUUCCCAUUGGAGAAGGCCGAUGAGGCAAUGAAGCUUUCCAGCGACCCUAAAAACGGUAGCAUUAAAGUGAUCAUUGAGGAUAAAGUCAAAGUUCUAUAA